AUGAGCGAGUCGUCGUCGCGCAUCGAUGAGUUUUUCGGAGCAAAGAAUGAUCUUCUAGCAUUUAUCUUCCAGAAUCUUCAUGAUCUACGCCAAUCGAUCUCUGGUCUAGCGAUGGCUUUCGCCGCGUUAGCCACUGCACGUCAUGCUAUCAAUGGUUUCGAGCCGCCGAGCUUCUCCAAAUCCGAUAAUCCAGUUUCACAUCAUCCUUCGGCUUUUGUACGUACAAUGACCUUCCUAUACCUUCCGAUUUUUCAUUUAAAACUUUUGAUCUACCCUAAAGAUCUGAGUUUUGACUGGUCAAUGGAUUCGAUUCCUUUUGUGAUCUCUCCUACGGAUCCACGUUUUAUCGGAUCGGUUUUGAUCUACUCCAUCCUAGCAGUGGCCGGCUACAUGCUGGUCAAAGAUAGUGGUAUUCUGGAGAAGAUCUGGAAGUUACUACGAGUUGAUCGGCACUCACAUCACGAUGGAAAGUGUUCUGGGAAGAAUUCUCCUGUGAAGCCAAGGAGGAAAAUCAGUCAAGAUACUGCUCGGAAAACGCUUAUUGCUUUAUCGCUCCUUAUUCUACCUUUUCUACCUGCCUCGAAUCUUUUCUGCUAUGUCGGGUUCGUGGCUGCUGAAAGGACAUUAUAUUUAUCAAGUGUUGGAUACUGUAUUCUAGUCGGGAUGCUCUAUAACUUCUGUUGUUCCAGACUCGGCCGAAUCCCUGCGAUAUCACUUGCUUUUGUAAUUCUUUUAUUAUAUGGCGCCAGGACCUACGGAAGGAAUAUGGAUUGGAAAGAUGAGGAAAGCCUAUACAAAAGUGCACUGGAACUGAAUCCACCGAAAGCAUAUUCCAACCUCGGACGAGUUUACGCCGGUCAGAUGAGGGUGAACGAGGCUGAGCUAGCUUACCGUAAAGCUUUGGAGUAUAGACCGAAUAUGGCGGAUACUUGGUAUAACUUAGGGGUACUGUAUCAAGAAAAGAAGAACCUUACCGCGGCCGUGAGAUGCUACGACACUGCCAUCCGAUUCCGCAAAACAUUCGCUUUCGCUCAUCUGAAUCUUGGUGCUGUUCACCAUGAACGUGGUGAUGACGAUCUUGCUAUGAAAAUAUGGGAAAAUUGUUCACGGAUCGACGGAUCAAUGGUGAAAGCGCAACGAGAUCAUCGUGAAGCACAAACAAGUUGUCGACUUCGUCUUGGUAAACUGCUGAUCAAAAAACGGCAAAUCGAUAAGGCGCGGAAAAUUCUGGAAGAGGCUAUUCAAAGAUCACCGCGAUCGUAUCGAUUUAUUGGAUCGUUGUGGCUCACUCUGGGAGAGCUGUACGAUGCAUUAGGAUUAGAUGUUAAGGCUGAGGGAGCAUUCCGAGCUGCGCUGCUCGCAGCACCAGCGCAUAUUCCAACUCUUCUCACAUUAGGCCACCUGAAAAAUAAGCAGAAUCGCACCGUUGAAUCGGACAGUUGGUUUUCGCGUGCGCUCGCAAUUUCUCCGAACUCACCGGAAGUUCAUCAUCACAUCGGAGUGGCGGCUGCGUCACGGGGAGACAUCGUCGGUGCCGAAUUCGCCUACACAACUGCUCUUCAACUUGCCGGGACUCAUCCGGAAUCGCUCCGAUCACUCGCCACUCUGCUACGGGAACAGGGUCGCUUUGAUAAAACCGAAGAAGUCCUCGGAAUAUUGCAAGUCCAUCAUUUAGGGCUGAUUCUUACGGGGAUUUCGAUGGCCCGUCUUCACUGGACGUGCGGGCCGCAGCAUCUCUUCCACUCGUUUCGUUCCCUCGCCAUUGUCAUCCAAGAUGUUCUCAAGCUUCGGCGUUGUCAUAGUGCAAACGGUUUUUUUUUCUCUGUUUGGAAAUCAAACGAACGCAUCACGGCGCCAAUUCACCUGACGUCUUCUGUCUCCAUCGCGGGCGUCGUUGAAAGAAAUGCGGAACGAGCACUUUUUAAUCCGGAGAAUCCCGUUGAAGUACCAUUGUUUGGAUUCACAUAUGGACAUCGUGCUCGAGUCGUCUUUGAAACCCACGAUAAGAGGAAAUGCAUGGUUACUAUCAACCUCAAAAACGGAGAGGACAUUAUAGUUCACUUCAAUCCACGCCUCAAGGAUGAAAUCCUUGUUUUCAACUCAUUUUACAAGGGUGAAUGGCAAGAAGAGGAGAGAGCAUCGGUGAUUUUCCCAUUCGAGCGGAAGAAAAUCUACACCGUGGAGUUUGUCGCCAGCGGCAACAAUACUGUUUAUGUAUACGUGAACGGUCAAUUACUGUACGAAUUCCGUGAACGUCAAUCCGGCACCAAUGUGGCGUCAAUCUAUGUGGGCGGCGAUAUCGAUAUUCAUUCCGUGCAUGUUUUUUGA